AUGGGUUGUGGAAGCUCUAAGUCAGCGGCGAUAGGAAAUGAUAUUAGUGAUUCACAAUCAGAUGAAGAUAAUCAAGUUCAAAGUGAAAAUAAUGAUCUUUUUCACCAUGAAAUCUUAAAUGAUUCUGCUGCACUCUCAGACAUUCUACAGUCGGAUGAUCCAACGAUUAAUGGAUACCACAUAUUGUCAGAAAUAGCAUGUGGACCAAUGUCAAGAGUUUUUCAAGUUAUCAAGGAAGAUUCGAAAGAGCUAUGUGUGGCAAAAAUAUACAGUCAUAGCGUGUUGAAGAAGAAACGAAUAUCAAAUGAUGAUCAACCAUACGUAUUAGUACAAAGAGAAUUAGAUAUCUUAAGUAAACUAAGUCAUAAGUAUGUAAUUACACUAAAUGAAGCAUUUGAUGAUACCAGGACGAACUCUCUCGUCAUAGUUAUGCCUUAUUGUCCACUUGGAAGCCUGAAACAUUUACUUUCGCAAAAUUUACUGAAUACUAACACAAUUUCUAAAUGCUUUUACCAAAUAGCUACAGCAUGUGAGUACCUUCAUUCCAACUUGAUUGUUCAUCGAGAUAUUAAGCCGGCAAAUAUUCUUGCAUUUAAUCUCGGUCAUUUCGUUUUAUCCGACUUUUCGGUAUCCCAAGAAGUAGCAAAACAAAGUUCAUACGCAACGGAUGUAAAAGGAACACCAAUGUUUAUGGCCCCUGAAGAAUGUAGAGGAACAAAAUUCCAUCCAAUGCCAGCUGAUGUUUGGGCAUAUGGAGUAUCAUUGUAUAUGUCUCUUUUCGGACAUUUACCUUUUGAUUUAGAGUCUUGCCAAGGAUUUUUGAACGGUGGCGGAAUUUUAGCUCUUUACAAGCAUAUUCACUCAAAUGAUCUAAUAAUACCGCCAGAUACACCUUCAAAUCUAGUAUCAUUACUAAAAGGAGUUCUUGAAAAAGAUCCAGCAAAAAGAUUAACUUUCAAAGCCAUUGUUCUUCAUCCAUACUUCGAAGAAUUGCAUGCAAAUGCUACAAAGAAGAGGAAAUCUAGCGGAAUCCUAGAUUAA